GUUUUGAAAAAAAAAAUUUAAAUGGCCUUAUGCAACGAAAAUUUCUACGAAAAAAAGCCCUCUCCCUAAGGUCGAGUGCCCUUUGGCCCCAAGAGAUCAAAAAACAAUAUCCAUAUAUUCUUUUAUUUCAUUGUAGUGGCUUGACCAGUCUACAAUGGCGACAAAUCAAGAAUACAUUGUGUACUAUUAAAGGUAAAACUUUAUUUAAACCAAAAGAGAAAAAACAAAAUAUUCUGCGAAACAAUCAGGGCGAUUGGAUUGCACAGCUUGCUUCUAGCACAGGUCCUACUUGUAUCUUGUACUUGACUAAAGAAGCACCAAACAAUACAUGGUCACAAUUGCUACCUUCAGCCUCCUACAGCCAAAAUUUAGUUUUAUUAUACGAAGAUGAAAUUAUUAUUAUACAAGAUAUUAAUGAUAGUAAUAAUUGUUAG